AUGGACGCGCAUAACCUUCCCAGUGUUGAGGAGCGUCUUGAGCGACUUUGGGAAGUCCUCGACUUCCUCGGAGAUACCGAUCCUGCGAGCGUGACUCCUAUGCUGCGUGAGCCCUUGAGAAUAUUGGGCUUUCGCGCUCAUGCUUGCCGCGCACCAUAUAUUGCAAACGUCGAAGAAGAAGUCGCAAUGUGGAAGGACUUCCUCAACAUCAGGGAGGAAAUCCACAGAGUCACUAAUUACCGCCGCUUCCUCUGUAGAGUGAAGGAAGUAGACACAAAGAACCUACUCGACACUUAUCUCUCAGGUCGACGCUGGGCCCGAGGGUGGUUGCCGAACGGAGGUGCCGCUCGAAGGGCCUGUGAGCAAUGCAAAAAUUGGCUCCCUAGUCGUGAGCAAGAAACCGACUGCCAGUUCAUCUCCGAGCCUCUGGUUACAAUCUUCCAGAAUUACCGCCGUGAACGAGCUCAGUUCAACAAGUGGCUUAUCGAUGCCGCGAUGGAAAAAGCAAACGAGCCUCAGCCACCGUCCCCCGUACACGACUUCAUUCUGCGGGCCACGAAAUACAGCAUGGAACACGACGUCUAUGGAAGUAAAUGGGAUAUGGAAGAUGUCUACACUGUAUUGUCACAGGCGCACAGCUAUGCGAGGGGCGAUGAGAUCACUUGCCGCGACUUCCUCCCGAUGGGUUGGAAAGCUACGAUGAAGAGAAUCAAUUGGGACCAAAAGACCGUUCUCACUCGCGUCCGCGACACUCUCAAAGACGACGAGACCGAGGAGCUCACGGAGGCGAUCCAUUACGAUGGCCUGAUGUACUACGUCUCAUCGUUCCAUCUCGACAACGAUGGCAUAUAUGUCAACCAACAGCCCCGCCAAUGGGUCAUCGAUGCUCUGGAAGCGAAUCCGCGGCCGCGGGACAUCUAUCGUGGCAUCCCGUUUUGCCGCAUUCAGACCAUCAGCAACGUCAGGCCCACAUUCUACUUCACAGACGCUGGCGACAUCACGAUAUUCUGCCAGUUCGCAGAGGAUGGUGGCGAGUGGACGGGAUGUUGGGUCGGCUUGCUCCGCCGAGCCCGGGAUAAUGAUGAGGAUGUACCGCAAGAGGAUGGUGAUGAUGACGGAUCCGAAAUUGAUGACGGUGAUGUCGUUGCUCCUCCCGGCGAAGAGGCACCGGGUCAUGGAGUCCCUGGCGAGGAGGAGGGCAGUGGUCGGAAUGAGGUGAGCCUUGACAAUUUCGUCUCCGCUCUCACUUCCGCUGCUAGUGAUGCAGCCCGUCGUGUUGCCGAGACACGACCCUUCGUCCAAGUCUACGAAGGAGUCCUCAGAGGAAUAAAACGCACCGCGAGAACCACCCGCCCGAUCCCGAACCGGCGCCGAAGCCGUUCUCUCGCUCUCACUUUCCAGGAAUUGGCGGAGCAUCUCGGAGACAGCAUUGAUGAGGAUCAAGCGGCUGCGGAGGGUGGAAGUGAAGUUGAGAAUGAGGAGGUGGGGGAUGGAGCGGCUGCGGAUGUCAUCCAUGAUGAGAUGUUGGAUGAACGGCCGGGGAUACAAUUGCGCAAAGCCCUAAAGAUUCUCUCGAAAGAUUUGUAUAGCAAGUCGACUCAUUUUAUCUUGGAGCUUCUUCGAAAUGCCGACGACAGCGAUUACUCCAAAGCGAUUCAGCAAAACUCUCGCCCCAGCUUUAGACUGAGCUUCGGGGGCGGUAUCGACGGUGGAGGCAAUCCUGUUCACUACUUGGAAACGGGAUGCAACGAAAAUGGCUUUUCUCUAAAGCAAAUCGACGCCGUCUGCAGCAUCGGAGAGAGCACAAAGAGCUUAUCGAAAGAGGUUCACUCGGGAUAUAUUGGAGAGAAGGGCAUAGGCUUCAAGUCUGUUUUCACAGUUGCAGACGUUGUGCAUAUUUCGAGUGGAUUCUACAGCUUCAUACUCGACAAGACGAAGGACAUGCUGGGGGUUCUACUGCCUCUACCCGCCACGUUCCCGAAACCUCUGAACGGGUCUGAAAGCACAAGUAUGGUCCUCCAGCUACUUGGUGGCAGUGAAUUCAAAAAGAUUGCCACGGAGCUCGUCAAGAUCAUACCCGAAGUACUGCUCUUUCUUCGUCGACUCAAACGCAUUGUUGUCCAUGCACCGGACGAAGAGGUUGAUACGAGCGAGCACCUCGAAGUCAGCUACGGAGACUGA